AUGCCAAUGAUCAUGGACGACGGCAUCAAUGUUGACGAUUUGUUUGGCGAGUCUGCCUCUCUGGAGCUGGGCUUGCCAGCGACCGCCCCUACCUCUAACUCCACCAAAGGUCUUGCUCAGCGCUUAGAUGAGAUGCGACUUUUGGGGUGCUGUCAGAAGAUUGCCUGGUCUAAACAGGGCUGCAUUGCAUAUAUCUCUCAAGAUACAUUGAGAGUGAAUCUUCGUCACCUUGAAUGUCGCCCAUCUGACGGCAAGUGGGUGCUGAGCGAUGACACUCCAUUGCACCCAGUGGCAGAGGCCCAUGGGGGCCAGCCUCUCGUCCAUCUAUGCUGGAAUGAAAUUGGGUCUGAAUUAGCUGUGGUUGACUCGUCUGGACGAGUUUCGAUUUAUAAUAUUGCGAUUUCUCUUAACAGUCUAGCUGGACAACGUCAGGCGGCGUUUGAUCCAGUCGAUGAUGCGACUCAGAUCGUCGGCAUGAUGUGGCUGAACAUUCAACGUUCCGUUCAUGCUUUCAAUGUAGCAGCGAUGGUACAAGGACGCCGGGCAUAUUCGCCAUUUCGACGCCGCCCAAUAGGUCCCUUUCACCCAGCUGGGAAAGCCGCUUUGUUAUGUGUCACCAGAUCUGGCAUCAUUAGGCUCUUGUACCAGAACCCCGACAACAAGUGGGCAGAGAUCUCUGCAGAACUGAAGAACGCGAGCUACUCCGACCGACUUCUUACCCAUGCCGCUAUAGUGGCCACUCAGAAUGGGAUUCUCAUCGCUACUUACUCUGCAUGCCAAAAAAUCUACUUCUAUCGAGUGCAGAUUAACUGGACUCCCCCACAGUGGGAUCCGAGCCAGUUAAAGCAGGCACCAAACCAAUUCCCAGUUCCAAGCUUUCGCUUCAUGCAUUCUAAAGUUGAGGCUCCUUGUAUCAUACCAAGUGCAAGCCGCAACGGGGAAGCAACUAACGAUGGAAUGCCAUCCUCUACCAACCCACUAUAUUGCCUCACCCGCCUGGAUAUAGUCCUCGCCGCACAUGACAAUUCUGCAGGGAUGACUACGAAUCCAUGGAUAAUAGCUGUUUUCUCGAUCCCCCCCCACGCUACUCCUGACCACUCACAGCAACAGAGCCCCUGUAGUGUCAUUGUCCGAUGGCAGUUAGAGUCUGCUCCACAGGUGCUUCACCCAAAGUUUGACGAGGUGAAUGCAAAGAAGAACAAUGCUCAAAUAAAGAGCAGACUGAGCAUGGAAACGUCCUAG